CUAUUUAAAGGCUCUCCUGAGUCAGGAUUUCUGCUCCCUUAGGAAUGACACGGACACGGAGCUACUCUCUGGAGGAUUAAACUGGACUUAAAUUUUGUUAAAAAAUAAAUAAGAGGAAUACGUGUGAUGCACAAUGGAGUCUUGCUUUCGUGAAGAAUGCGACAAGAUCGAUCCCGAGAUUUCCUUCUCGAUCGAAGAUGCGUCAGGUCCUGCUGGAUCGAUGGAAACUGAAGAGGUGGCCGAGUUGGCGAACAGUUUGAGAGAUCUUGUGCAGGAUCAUGCUAUCAAACCUAAACUGCAGUGUAUUAUGGCAGAUCCUUCCUUCUCCAUGGUGACAGUCCAAAGUGAAGACAGUGGAAUUGUAUGGGAGACUACCUCUAGCAGAUGUUCUACACCAUGGGCAUCAGAAGCCAGUACCACUUCUGAUGUGUACAGUCUGGAGGGUUCUCCAGUAGGAUCCUCACCUGGGAAGAUUGUAUUCAUUAUGGAUGAAGAGAAAAUGGUACGUCGAAGGAAAAAAACAAGUCUGGGACACAGAAUAAGUGAAACAAACGGUCGAAGCCGGAUAGAAAAGACAAAACAUCUCCUAAAAAAGCCUUCAGAUUUUGUGCCCACUUUGGACUUAAAUCAACAAAGUGCUGGGCAGAAUACUUUGAUGCCACAUGCUCCUGUUACUUCAAGAUCAGCAAAUGGGAAUCCUCACCCUGCAAGUUUUAAACCCAAACCUAAGGAGGAACUUGUAGCUCAUGUUCCAGUGAUCGCUCGAUCACAAAGACCUGGGAAUCCUCAUUCAAAGCUGAUUGAAUCAAUGAUUGAUGAACCCGUGUCACACAUGCCUGUUAUCUCCCAGUUAUUAGACCAAAGAAGCAGUCUUGAUAAUCCAGUAAAAGAAACAGAGACAACUCCAGAAGAGCCAGUAUGUCACAUGCCUGUAUCAGCUAAAUCGGUCAUUAAAGGAAAUCCUCAUCCUACAGCUUUAUUAGAGAAAGAACUUGUGCCUCAUACUACAGGGUCCACAAAUCCUGUGGUUAUAGGAAACCCUGAACCAAAUCCUUCAGAGAGAGAAUGUGAAGAGCCACAAUUGAAUGUGCCUGUCUCAUCCAAGAUGGCAGGAAAUCCAUCUUCAGAUCCUUUCAAGGACAAAGAAACAGCUGAACAAGUACCUCAUACUCCAGUGGCUGCAAAGAUUGCAGUCAAAGAAGAUCCAUGUAUAAUCCCCAGUAAACCACGAGGGCUUGUUCAAGGAAAAAUCAUGAAAUUUAACUCUCCUCCACCUGAAGAAAGGGUCCCUACAUUUUCUGGUAAGAAAUUUACUCCAAAAUUUGGGCUUGGUGAAAACAGGAGUGAAACUGCAAGAUCCAAAACAGGAGCUCCUACAACAGUGUCUGCCCCAAUAUCUAACCCACUCCCUACAGUAGAUUCUGUGACUGUGGCUAUUAAAGAUGUAUCACAACAUGAUAACCCACAUGAAGAAAUGAGUGAGAGUCGUAUCCUGACAUUGCCUGGGCUAACUGAACCAGAAUUUGCUGGGGAAAAAUGUCCAGUAUUAGAAACUGAACAAGAUACAUCAGACCUUAAAGAAUCUGAAUGUCAGAAAGAGCUUUUUGGCAUUGUUUCAGAAGGUUAUGAAAUAUUAAAUAUUAUUGUACCUCAUAAAAUGCUAACAGUGGAUGAGGAAGAAAGUAUAUAUAUGGAAGAUAAUUUGGAUUACUUAGAAAAAAAUCCUCUAAUUAUACCAAAGCCCAUGAAAGACACAGUAGAGGGUAAUGAGAUCAUAGGUACAGAAGAAAAUAUGACCUGUGAAAUCAAGCAAGUGUCUGAAAUGCAGAGUUCUCAAGAGGGAAACGGUUUACCAGACUUAAACCACAAAGAUACAGCAGUGUUAGAACAGACAGAUGAUAAUAACUUGGAACAUAGUACCAUUGUGACCACUGAAUCAACGGAAUUCACAUUAGAGAGACGGGCUUCAAAAUCUGGUAAUGACAUGGAUUAUUUUGAAAAAUUUACCUUGUUUGAUGAAAAAGUACCUACAUCUUUGCAAGAAAUUACUCUUGAAAGGUGUGAAGUCACCUCGUAUAAUGAGGUUGAUGGAAAUGACAAUAAUGAAACUGAAUGUACUCUGGUUGCAGAAGAUCAAAAUGACUUGAAUUCCAUUGAAAACAUAGAAAUAGCUGGUGAACAUCUGGAUGAAGUUUUCUAUGGGUCUAAAUAUGACCAGCAGACCAAGUUUCUCAGUAAGCAUAACAGUGAAGAUGAAACAAGUGACAAAGAUACAGUUAAACGUGUACUAUCACCACCCAAAGAAAGUGGCUCAUGCUUGUUUGGAGAAGAGGAGGAAACCCUUAUACGUCAUAUUCCUUUUCCUGCCAUUACUAAAACCAUUGACCCGUCUCUUUUGGAAGAACCUCCAGCUAUGGCAUUUCUUUAUAAAGAUUUAUAUGAAAAUGCUGUUGGAGAAAAGACUAAAAAUGAUAGUGAACCUUCUGAUGUGGAAAGCAUUACAUCUGAUGCCUCUGUGCACAGCAGAGCAUCAGAUUCAGAUGAUAACACUGGUAUAUACUUUGAAAAGUAUAUAUUGAAAGAUGAAUUUCCAUCAGAUAUGGAGGUAGAGACUAAAACUAAAGAGGUUCAUGAAACGGUCCAUGAAAAAAAGAGACUAUGGCAACAAAGCACUUUUGAUCUAACUGGGACUUUAUCUAGGGAAAAGGCAGUUGACGACUUGAAUGAAAAGCUUGAUUCUGAAUACCAUGCUGAGGUCCCAGAUUUGUCUCCUUUUGAUGAACAACAGCAGCUUGCUGAAAUGUACGAUGAAGUGUUUGAUGAUUUAGAGUUUCAGGCUGUUGUCAGUGAUGAUGAGGAAGACCGUGCAGAUGUGGUAGAAAUUCUCAUUGACAGGACUCUAGAUGUAAUUCAGGAGGAAGAUGAAGAAGAGGAAGAGGAAGAAGAGGGAGAAGUGAAAGUGGAAGAGGAAGAGGAGCAAGAGCAAGAAGAUCAUUUACAACAACCAUUACUCGAACAGGAUGUGAAAACAACACUUGUGGACCAGAGUAUAUCUGUAGAAUCUCAGAAACCCUCAUUUGAAGUGAUGUCUGAAGAAAUUCCAAAUCAUUUGAAACUGAGUGAUACAAUUAAACAUUAUACAACAACUGUAGCUGAUCAAGUAGAUGAACCUAGUACAGUGCCAAAGGAUCAAGGCACAUGUUCAAUUGACAAUAUCACUGUACAGGACCAGAUACCUUUAGAAGAACUGGAACAACACCCUGAAAAAGAAGUGGACACAAGUAAAGAGGAUGUCAUUACUAGAUCUGAGGGAUCAGCUGAAGAUAUUUAUACAGCUGGUCCUGAAAAAGAAACUUCAGAAGAGAGGACUAUACCAGAAAUAUAUAAAGAAAAUGAGCUUCUCAUACAUGAACUGAGUGUUACCACUACUCAGGUAGUACCUGAAGAAGACCAUGAAACGUCUAAGGAAACACAUGAUGAGCUUGAAGAUCAGGUGGUGACAUUACCGGACAGUGAGCAGGAAAUAAACAGUGCAGAGUUAUUAAAGGUAGAAGAUUUAGAGAUGUCAAAGAUAAAAGAAGAUGAGUUAGAGAAGCCUUUACCAAAAACUGUCGAAGAGCAAAGUGUUCAGACUCAAACAGAAGAUGUUAUAGAAGAAGAAGAGUAUGAUGAAUUCCUCGAGAAAGCUAAGAACUCACAGACCAUUAUGGUAAAUGUUUCUACUUCUGUGAGUGACCUGAAUUUAAAAGGUUUGGAGCAGGAAUUAUCAAUGCCUGUCUCAGAAGAAAAAUUAGAUGAAAGAUUUGGGCUGGAAGGACCACAUGAAGGCCUUCCUGUAAUAGGAAUACAAUGUAAAAAUGAAGAAAUAGGUAUAUUGAGUGAAUUAACUGAGUUUCAUUUACCACACAGAGCUCAAAUUGUGCCAGAACAAUCUGAUUUGGACUUACAACAGUGUGGAAAUCAUGAAGAUGAAGAAGAAACUGCUGAAGCCCUAGAUUAUGAAAUGAUAACUCAGCAAGAUAUUCAUGACUACUCAAUACAAGAAAUUGAGCUACUUGGUGGAGAGGAACAGGUCGAGCACCUUGAAACUAGAUUUGAUUUUGUAGAUGAUAUAAUUUCAGAUGUACCAGCUGAAGAGGAGGUUGAAGCUGAUUACGAGAUCAUUGAGGCCUUGGGUGGUUCCUCUGUGAUCUCAGAUGCUGAAUUGGAUUUUAAAGAACUAAAAAAGCCCAUACCUGAUACUUAUUGUCAUGUCUGCAGAUGCCCAAUUCUUGCCAUUGAUAAGCUAUUUGGUGAUCACCAAGACCAUGAAGUUUCAACACUGGAUGAAGCUGUAUUUGAUUUAAAGAAAAAACUUGUGGAGUUCAUAACUGAAAUGCAAUCAAGAACUGAAAAAAUUGAAGAUUUGGUUUCUGAAUUGGAAUUAGCCUUUAACACUGUUGAGGAAAAUUGCACCAAAACUGAGCAGCAGCUUGACAAGCAGAAUGAUGAAAUGAUGAAGGCAGUACUGGAUAGGUACAAUGAGAUGUCUCAGAAUCUGGAAGAUGAGAAGAAAAUCAAACUGGAACAACUGUAUGACCAGCUGGUGACCUUCCAGGAGAGCAUUGAGUCUGCAAAAGACAUUCUGGAAAAAGCUGUGAAAGAAUCUGAGGAACCUGAUGAGCUCACCUUUGUAUCUUGUUCUAAUGAAAUAAACACAAGUCUCACUAAAGCACUGGAGGCCACCCUUUCCUUGGAACUGACUCCCAGUGCCUUCAUGGUCUUUGAAGAUUAUGCAAAAAGCACCUCAGGAAAUGGACACAAGCUGCUUAAAAGCAUAGGUGUUCCCCAGACCCCACGCCUACAACCACAGGAGGCAAACUCAGCUACAAGUAGCUCGGUCACAGUCUACUGGAAAGUCAAUGAAGGAGAUGUGAUUGACUGCUUUCAGGUUUAUUGCAUGGAGGAUCCUCAAGGAGCAAUGGCUGAAGAAUACAGGGUGACUGUGAAAGAGAGCUAUUGUACACUGGAGGACCUAGAACCUGAUAAGUGCUACUUGGUGUGGGUUAUGGCAGUCAACUAUACAGGAUGUAGCCUACCUAGUGAGAAGACAUCCUUUCGAACAGCUCCCUCUUGCCCUGUAAUCAAGUCAGAGGAAUGCACUGUGUGCUGGGACACGGCCAUCAUUCGAUGGCAAUCAGCAAACCUGGCUGCUGUGGAGUCUUUCACUCUGGAGUACUGCCGACAGUAUGCCUGUGAGGGAGAAGGGCUCAGGUCUAUAUCAGGAAUUAGAAACUGUGAACAGAAGGUACUUUUGCAGCCAAAUGAAAAUUAUCUUUUCUACCUUAAAGCAGUUAACUAUGCUGGCUCUAGUGAACAAAGUGAAGCUGCUCUUAUUUCUACAAAAGGAACUAGGUUUCACUUCCUUAAGGAAACUGCAAACUCGGCUCUUGCACUUUCAGAAGAUAACAAGAUGGUUUUCUACCAUGAACAGACAUUCAAACAAAGAGCUAACCUUAAUGAUUGUUUAGGGAUAUUAGGAGAAUUGCUACCCCCACGAGGAUUUCACUAUUGGGAAACAGCAGUGGGAGGCAGUGAAGCAUACCGGAUUGGAGUGGCAUAUCCUUCAGCUCCAAGAGACACCCCACUGGGACAGAACAGUUCUUCAUGGUGUAUCCACUGCUACCCCUUAUCAAAAAGUCACAGGUUUGAGUUCCUUCACAACAUGUCACAGGCUGACAUCCAGGUUGUCAAUGUGCCAAGCACCAUUGGGACUCUGCUUGACUACGUGAAUGGCCGGCUACUCUUCUUCAAUGCACAGACUGGACAGUUGCUCUACUCAUGUCGGCACAUUUUCACAGAACCGUGCCACCCUGCUUUUGCACUGGAGAAACCUGGCACUCUGAGUCUGUGCUCUGGCACUGAAACGCCAGACAUCGUAAAGCACAGUUAACAACCCAUGUGAAUCUCUGGCUCUCCAAAGGUGUUGAAAUUCUUUCACAUAGUGUGGCUUGAAAAAUAAGCUCUUAUGGUACUAGUGGUCUGCCUCCUCAGCAAAUAAAGAAUGACGGAGUACACGUGGUAAAGCUCAUGGUUAACUGUGUGCAUGUUCCUGAUUUGCGAUGCCCUGAUGCAUUUGGGGAUGGGGAUUUUUUUGAGGUUUAAAGCAGCAUUUCACAAGCUUCUUCUGAGGAAAGCUUUAUAUAAGCUUUAUAUUUAAAAAGUAGCAAGGUUUUUAUUGUGUUUUCCAAUGUCAGUGAUCUUGGGAGCCUACAGAGGGAAUCCAGGUAGUAAUCUAUAAUCCACUGUAUAAACCGUCAUUAUAUUUUUCUCUCUCAAUGAAACAUUUCUUGUGUUGGCAGCAGUAUAUAUCGUGUGAAGGACACAGUUGGGAAUGCUUGUUUUCCACAUGUAUAUUUGUAUCAAACCAAAUUUAUAGGUUUUGCCCCAAGGGUAAGGCAGGUUAAAUGUCUUUCAGCUGGCGUCUGCUUUUGCCACUUUGCCAAAGACUGGAAAAAUUUCUAUAUAAGCAGUUUAAAGAAGUUUGUAAAUGCUAUCAGUAAAACACACUCCAAGUAUUAAGUUUAAAUAUUCCAAUGGAAGAACAAGUUUACGUUGUGCUCAAGUCUUAUGAUGAGUUUUAAUUCCAAGGCAAGCAGAUUUUAUUUUCGAUAGCUUCAUUCCCAGGGUGCUUACAAGCAAACAUACUAACCUUAUUUUAUAUAGAACCUUUCUGUAUUGAAUAACGCAUCCCAUAAUGGUUUACAUGUACAGAGCUUGAGUAAAAUUGCUUACAAAUAAGACAUUUAAAUGGAAUUGUUCGGGAUUGAGACAAAGAUGCUGUGGGUUGAAGCACAAGGACUGGCACACUGGAGCACUGGCUGCAUACAUGACUGGCUCAGGGUCGUCAUGCAAAUCAGGGCUGGGGCUUGAACUGUCAACUGUGUGGGUUGCAGAGUUAAUGUUAUUUUUUUCUAAUGUCUUUCUGUAGAACUGUGAUUUACUUUGAUGAAAUAAUUAUUUUCAUAUUGCCUCAGGUAGAGCAUUGGCAGAUUACUACUUUAUGAAGGCCAUUGUCUCUGUGGCAACCAUCAAACACCUAGAAUAAUGCCAAUAAUGCCAUCAAAAUGCCUAUUUAUUGGAAAUAACACAAUGAGGGAAUUAACAAAUGAACACAAAGUAAACACAAGCAGAUCUCUUCCAGAAUGGGUCUUGAACCCCAGUCUACCUGGCGGGAUUGCUGCCACACUUCCCUGUGUAAAAAGUACCACCAAACACUCCCUUUUCUUCUCUUGAUUCCAGACACAGCGAGAUUUCUGUAGUGAGAAAAUAUGAAUCCUCUUCCACCGUCCAUAAACCCAUUUCUUGGAUAUGAGGUGAUUCAUCUUUUGUUAAAGGGUCACUCAUUUAGAACAGCCUUAAGUGGUACUUAGUGACCCAGCACCAGGCAUCUUUCAUACUCUGUAUUCUCUGAAAGGAACAACAUGGCAGUUUUGAAAAGCACCGGCUGACCCUUCCUUUUAAAAGACAACCUUGUCCCAUGCAGUGACCAUGUGAACUUUUCUGUUGCCCAGAACUUCUUGUAAUCGCAUCUCAAACCUCUUUGAACCCCACAGCCUCAUUUAGUAGAGAUGCGGGCAUCCCUGGCAUUUUCUGGGUUAAUUGUUUCAUCCAGGAUGCAACUUCCUCAACACUACUGAUGCAGUUCAUCCUACAAGGUCUGCCACCUGCUAAGCACACCUUACCUUCUCACGCCGAGUCAUCCUUUUGCCAGUGUGUCUCUACCUCUUUAUCUCUUGAAGCUCACUCAUAGGAUGUUCUCCUGUUCUUUUAACCUUCUGCUCUUGACUUGGACAUUACAUGGAUAUACUUUAAUGAUUAGGGGGGCUUACAUUAACUUGUGGCGUUGAUUCCUUAGGUUGUGCAGAGAGCCUAAUAAUAUAUUGCCAUUGGCUCUCUUUUACAGGCACUGGUUGAGUUUAAUGUUUUUUGUAUUAUUAUACUAGACAGGGUACCAUCAAGAUCAUCAGGCCUGUUACACUUAUGUCAGACUAAGCAACCAAUGAUUUACCAGAGCCUGAUGCAUAAAACAUUAGUUAGGAUGGCAUUGGUGAUGCCCAGAUUCAUUAAGGUACUUAAAAGUAUGCUUUAUAUAAAAGAACUUUAAACCUCCCAGGUUUCAGUCCUUUUCAUGUUAUCUGCAACACACAUCAUGUUUUUCUGUUCUAUUUGCCAUUUGUAUCAGUUCCUUUGAUUUUGUGCCAGUGCUCACAGUACAUACAAGAUUUGUGCCACAACUGUUAGAAGAUCCCAACAUGCACAGUGGCCUUUGAAUGUAUAUAUCUGCAGAGCACCAUAGAGCUAAAUAUUGUUUUCAAAGUAUCUUUUAAAAUUAAUUAUUGUUUUUGAAUUACAGUUGUGUUUCAUAAUCAGUGAGUCUCUAUAGUCAGAUAGCACAACUACUAUGACAGUACA